CUGGUAAAGUUCUCAACUCCCAUCUCGUGAUUGUGUGUGGCGCAUAAUAUUGGAUAUGGGCGGGACUUCAGCGGUCACUGGAGAUAAACACUGGCAGGACUCCACACUCAGUUUUCGACGCCGAAACUUCCAAUGAGGGCGAAGCAGAUUGUCGUUGGGAGCCACAGACUGCGAGUGCGCGGCACUGUCUCUUUAAACACGCCUGGUGUAAAAAGUUCAGUCAAGAAGGCUGUGCGGAGGAGUGUUCUGCGCAGUUUGGUGCAGAGAUCGGCGUCUGAUCUCGCGAGCGCAGCGCAGCAGAUGGCUGGCGACGGCGGGGAGGCCAAACGUCGUCCAAAGAGACCGUUUCGCGGCGGAGUAGAGAAAUCUGGCGCGACCAUGAAUGAAAACGUCAAAAUUCAGUCCGAUAAAAAGACUUCGGGUGAACGGCGCGGUAAGGAAAACUCUGCCGCCAAGUGUACUGCUUUGACAGGCGGCUAUGCAGAGGCAAAGAUGGACCAGACCGUCAUUCACAGUCCCCAAACGCGAGAGGACCCGAGCAUUUUCUUCGACGAGGACAGCAAUCACAUUUUCCCAGUAGAGCAGUUCUUUGGGAACAUAGAUGUUGUUCAGGAUUACCCACGCAGAACCCCAGGAAGCGAGAGAAUGAGUCGGAGAAAGUACAGGAGCAUGCAUUACUAUGCCAAAGAGGACAGUGAAGACGAGCAGCUAUGAGGACACCAUUCCUUUCAGACUCACUCAAACUGUAUUCCAUUGAAAGGGAAGGAGUUUUAUGCUGGUAAAAUGGAUUUGAUCGUUUUAAAGCAAGCUAUUUUAUUCCAAGAGCCUUCUUAAUGUUUGAACUACACUGAGAUGCACUGUUGAUUUAUCAGUAAUGUGGUAAUUUUUUUGUCUUCUGCGAAUUGAACAACGGCAAAACUUUGGAAUGUACAGUAAGAGGGGUUUGUGCUAGACUUCAGGCUAAAACCAUCAUGUGAUUGGGCUUUCUGCUUAAGGAAAGCUAAAAAAAAAAUUUUUUUAGAACUUUUUCUGUACACUGGGUUUACUGCCACUUGUCCUUACUAAUCAAUCGAAAUCAGCAAAUAUUGUUUUAUCAGUCAAGUGCCUCAAAUUUACUGUUCAGACUUUGAAAGAAAUUUAAACAUUAGCUUGGACAUUCAGAUUCUGGCAAUUUUAAACCACCUCUGUAGAGAAGUUUUGGAAAAAAAAAAAAAAAAAAACUUCAGAUUUGGUGCUGUAUAAUUGGAAAUGAAAGCAUGUAGCUGUUUUGACCUUUUAUGUUCUUUGAUAGACUUAUGAUGUAAAGGUUGUUUUUUAUUAUAAAGGUUAGGAUCUCAAAUUAAGAGGGUAUUAUUGUAAGAUUUUAAAACCAAUUUCAAACCGUAUUAUGCAUGUGGCUUCACCAAGAAUUUGAUUUGUCUGUACAUGACUUUUUUUUUUUUUUUUAUCUUAUUUGACAGGAUUUGCACUUAUUUGACAGGAUUUGCACUAAUUUCACAAGUGGCUAAAAGAUGUAGCAUUUUAAAAUGUUUCUUUGCUACUAUGUACAAAUUGUAUAAGGUAAAAGUGUGAUUUUGAAGGUUAUAUUUUUCUAUUGAAGUGAUAAACUAAGUGUUGAUUUA